ACAGCCCAUACCGGCCAAUGUAAUGCCAGCACGUCGAGCUGGUGGUGGUGUGACCACCGUACGCCGCAAACAUUCGUUGGGUAAUUUGCGUCGAGCUCAUCCGGCCUCGGGUGCAACAUGGAAUGUUCAGGUGGUGCGCGGCAAAAUGUCCUCAAAAUGUCUGUGGCAUGCAUGUCGUGCCUUGAUAUUGGGCGUUACGCUGCUAGUGGUGGGCGCAGGAAUGGCAACAUUGGGUUAUUAUGCCGACCACUUGUCAAUUGGCUCCGAAAUACGUGGCAAUGCCACUGUACGUGUUAAAAAUGAUCUCAAGGGUUUCCAUCUGAAUAAUUUUUCAUAUGUGGGACCCAUUGUGAUGGGUUUUGGUGGUUUCAUUGUGGUCGCUUCCUGUGUCAUGACAUUUGAGGCACGUGAUUCGGCUGCCAAAGUUGUGCCAGCUCGUUUAAGAGCUGGUGCUGGCAGUAAGAUGACAGUGCGCAGUAAUCAAAGUAGUUCAGCGUCACAAAGAAGAGCCAUAGGCAUGCAAUUUCAAAAUACCCGCUGGGAUCAACAGUUCGGUGUUUUUCGUUCAUCACCAGCCGCAGAAGUACCUCAAGCCACAACCAUGCCCUUAGAUCGAGAAGCCUUAACUGCUGAAUUAGUCAAAUUUUCUAAAUCUCUCAGUGCAUCUGCUCGCUUUUCACCACAACUACGACGUCUCACCUACACUGGUUCUGUGCCAAAUCUCUCCACUCACCAUGCCACACAUCCCCUCGCAUAUUCCACUAAUUUAUCACAUUUACUUUCGCCGAAUCACAAACCCCUGCUGUUGCUGGAACCCAAACGACAUCGCAACCACCAUCGACAUCAUCACCACCACCACAACAAUCAUCACCAUCAUCAUCACGCCAAUCAUCGUUCCUCAACAACAACCACAACAUCCAACACCAUCAACAAUGCCACCAUUACCGAUAUUAGUAAUCGUCAGAUCAAAAAUCGUGGUACACGUAUUAGUAAUAGUUUAAUUCAAAGAACUACACGGGAGAGUGUAACCUCUGCCACCUGUACCCUGCUGCAGCCGCCAAGUAGCAGCAACAAAUUGCAUUGGCAUGCUGCCUCCUUCGAUGAAAGUUGUCGGUUGGUGGCCGAUAAGCAGCAACAACAGAGAGAUCGCGUAGCAGAACGUACAAGACGUUCGGAUACCGCCAAGCGACAUGUUUUGGCGCGCCAAAAGCCCAUAGAACAAGAGGAAGAUCGCGAUAAACUGUCAUCCAGUCCCUUGGGAAAUCGAAGAUGUUCUACCAUGUCGGAUUCUUCGUAUAGUGGCCGCUGGACGGCCCGUUGUGCUUCUAUAGCCAGUCGUGCUUCUAGCAUAGAUUCCAGACGUAUACAAGUAGAUUUACACAGUCCUGAAGUAAUGCCCAAAUCAAUAUUACGUUCACCCAAACGUUACAGCUCAGGUCCAUCGACAACACCUUCAGUCGAAAAGGAAUUUCGCAGUCAACUCUCAGUAUGUUCUGAGCCACCCGCCGCCAUACGACAACUAUCGGGUCAGUCAAGCCUAGAACCCUGUCUACCCGAAGAAGCAAUUGAGCUAAUGGAUGACAACUUCCAAAUCUCCCACACCGACUCCCCUCGAUCGUUAACAUCCGCAACCAUUAUUAAUCCAGUAGAUCCUCCACCACCAACAACACCGCCACUAAUACAAAAAUCCACCAUCCCGGAAAUGAAAUCACCCAGCCGGUCUGGUAUAUUGAAAAAACCCCGCCCCGACUCUUUGCCUCUCAUGGAGAAUUCUGCCAUACUUGAUUUUAACAAACCCACCAUCAAAACCACUAAUCACGAACGUUACAAAAAUCUUCAACGCAGCAAUUCCUCGCGUACUUAUGAUCGUCCCAAAAGCCAUAAAACCUCAGAGCAUGAUGAUUCCAUAUUCUAUAUACGUUCCGAACAUCGGGUAUUACAGCACUGUAAUGAUUUCUAUGAUUCCGAACAGGUCAUCAAUGAAAGACGUUCGACACUGCUGAAGGCAGACAGUGAAACUGCACUGGCUGAGCGUAAAUUAAGUUCAUUCUCAAUACCAGAGAGAAUACUGGAACAAACGGCAACAGGAACGAGUGCAGAGAAUGAAGAGUCAAAGCCACCCGAUGUUACAGUAUUACAGAUCGAGGCGGAUAGUAGGAAGGAGAUGUCUCUAAAUGAAAACAAGGAUUUAGUUUAG